AGGCUGCUUGGGAGAGAGAAUGGAGAACAUGGAGAGACCAAAGAGAGGAAGAAGGAAGCUGGCCUCAGUGUCAAACCUGGAGAAAUAGAUGGUUCUGUCUAAGGCACAGUGACUCCUGAGCAGAGGACUACUCGGGAAGCACCAUCCCAACUCUCCACCUUCACUGAGCAGGAGCAGGAGCAGGAGCAGGUGCAGGAAAUGAAAAAACUAGAGAAACUCACCAUUCGUCUACAUGAUAUGGAAUGUGAGAGAAAUGAGCUACGUGGAAUCCUGGCCAAUUACACAAACAAGGAUUUGAACAACAGGCUAAAUUUUGAACUCGAGAUGCUUGAAAUGGAACACAAGCAGGUGAUGUCAGCUCUCCAGAAAUUGCCCAUGGAGAUUAGUGAUGCCUUGCACAAGUGCAAGGGGCUGAUUGAGGAGACUGAAUACUUUAGUUACCUCCAUGGCCGGUUCCUACGAGAGUGCAAUCCCCUAAAGAAGAGUGUACGUGUGUUGAGGAUCCAGAACACACAGCUGUGGAAAGAGCAGAUUGAACUGCAAAAGACCUGUGAGGAGGUGAAGAAGCUCUUGAAGGAGGCCCAUGAGAAGAUCUGUGACCCCUGUGCUGAGCAGCAGCAGGAGCAGGAAAACCUGGAGGAAAGACUGAAGGACCUGCUGAAGCAGAAGGAGCUGGUCACCCAGCAAAGGGACUUGGCAGAAAAGCUGCAACAUCACUUCAGUGUCUCUGAGAUGAGGUCAGAAAAUCUGCACCACAAGCUGGAACAUGUCACAGCCCAGGAUGAGAGCCUCCUGCAGACAGAGCUGCUGCAGCAGGAGCAGGAAGUAUCACAGGCAAGUGAGCCACCACUGCAUUCCAACCCCUGCAACCAUGGCAUUCAUGGGGACUGGGGGCUCUUGACAUUGGCUUCCAGUGUGAAUAGACCCUGA